AUGCUGGUCAGUACAGAAACGUCAACAUUUUUGCAGCCAUGGGCUAAAACUUCACUAGUCGAAGUUACAAAUACCCUUCCAUAUAAACCCCCAUGUAGGGUAUUUUUUAAAAAUGAAUAUGAACAACCUUCGGGUAGUUUUAAGCUUAGAGGAAUUGGCAACCUUGUUGGGAAAUCAGUCGAGGAAGCAAGGCGUCAGGGGAAAGAUAAUAUACAAGUACUUGCAAGCUCAGGUGGAAAUGCUGGGUUAGCAGCUGCAUAUGCUUCUAGAUUCUAUGGAGUUCCAUGUACAGUGGUGCUCCCAAGGAUUUCAAAGCCUGAAGUAUUGGCAAAAUUACAAGAAUAUAAUGCUGAGACUGUUGUGUAUGGUAAGAACAUCAAUGAAGCAGAUUAUUAUUUGAAAAAUACAGUAAUGGAAGUAUAUAAAGAAAAACAUAUAAUCUAUUGUCACCCAUUUGACAAUCCCUUGAUUUGGGAAGGACAUUCAUCCAUUAUCGAUGAGAUAUCUAACCAGCUUUCUGGUAGCGAAUUGCAGAAGAUGAAAAGUGUUGUGUGUUCUGUUGGUGGUGGUGGCUUAUACAAUGGAAUAGUUGAUGGGUUAAAGAAAAACAAGAUUGACAAAGCUACUAGCAUGCUCUUGAUAGAAACAAAUCAAGCACCAACCAUGACAGAGUCUGUAAAUGCUGGACAAGUCAUUACUUUGAAGUCAGUGAGCUCACUUGCAACUUCUUUGGCUUGUUCCUAUCUUUCUCCUAAAAGUCUAGAAAAUUAUGUGGAUCCAAAUGGUUACAAAUCUUAUAUUGAAACUAUUGAUGAUUUGGAAACUAUUAAGGCUUUGAUCCAAUUUUACACACAAACUGGAAUUGUAGUUGAACCAGCAUGUGGAGCGGCCCUAUCAGUCGUCUAUAACCAAAUCCAGUUGUUAGAGAAAAACUUUCCGUUGAAAGAAGAUGAUAUUAUAGUCGUGGUCGUAUGUGGAGGCUCCUGUACUUCUAUCGAGGGCCUCCAAGACUUCAAAACUUUAGUUAGAAGACAAACUCAAAAGUUAUGA